AUGAAGUUACUUUUCAAGCAGUUUUCAUUAAAUUUAAUUUCUAUUUUCAGAUCAUCUAGGUCUUCUCAUUUCGCAUGCACAACCGGUUUUAUUUGGUGGCCAGCCAGCUUUUUAAAUGUAAUGAAACCUCUCAGCACAACCAUGUCAGAUGAUAAACUAUCAAAAACAGAAUAUAACACGCCUAAUGACGGCAAAAGGCAUGAAGAAUCACUGGUAGACUCAGAUCAUGUUAUAACUGACAAAGAAAAAGUAGAUUUUACUAAAGGAGGCGUCGAUGAAUUUAAGUUCUACCCUGAUAAUCCCAAGAACCAUAGGCAUAAAUACAGGUGGACUAUGAAAGAACCCUCGAAGUAUUAUGACCCAUGUGAAGAAAGUAGGCAAGCUUCAAUUAGUUGCUUAUUGAGAAAUCAAGAAGAUAAAUUAGUGUGUCAAGAAUUCUUUGAUGCAUAUAGAGAAUGUACGAAAGACUUUUUCAAGAAUAGGAAGAAAGAUAGGAGAGAAGGAAAGGGAGGAUGGGGAUUUUGGUGA